UACAAACUUGUGACUAAAUCACACACCCCAUGGCUCCCCUUUACUGGGUGGGGGGAGAAAGUGAUUGAUGCUUCAUGCCCAAGAAGGGGAGGGUGCAUGCAAAUGAGGCCCUUCUCAUAUAGCUAGUGGCUUCCCACUUCACCUUUCUGCUGUUAGAUGUCCAGGAGGCUACAGAGAACCCAGCACAAAGAUGUCAAGGAUCUGGUGCCUGCUGGCUGCAAGUUGGAUCCUUCUGACUGUAGCUGCAGCCCAGCGCCGGGCCAGUAGCAGGAACAACCGAUGGGAACAAAAUGGGAGCCACAAGCACUCCGCCUACAAGACUUGGAAUUCCCGACUGUACCCCAGGUGGAAGGAGGGAGACCCAAGGCACGGAAACUGCUGGCGAGGAGGUCGUGUGACAUUUGACAUCAGCAAUGAUGCCCCAACCAUAACGGGCGCCAAGGCCACAUUCAGCAUCGCUCUGCGAUUCCCUCACAAUCAGACUGUGCUGCCAGAUGGCCGCAUAGUGUGGAACCAGAACUGCUCCAUCAACGGUAGCCAGGUGAGGCAAGGAGACCCAGUUUUCCCUGAUCAGGAGGUCGACAUUUCGGAUGGCUUCUUUCCUGAUGGGCAACCCUUUCCGCCAAGGAAUCAGGGCACGCGGGGCAAAUUCGUCUACGUCUGGCAGACCUGGGGGCACUACUGGCAGGUGGAAGACGGUCCCUCAUCCCUGCUGACUAUUGAUACCGAUGAUGUACCGUUGGGUUCCUACACCAUGGCUGUGGAAGUCUACCACUAUCGAGGACGUGAAAAAUUCAUCCCUAUCGGGGGCACCUCUUCACAGUUCAGCAUCACCGAUCAGAUACCAUUCAAUGUGGACAUCGCACAGGUGAUGGAUGUCGACGGGACAGACGGCCGCUUUGUGCGAAACCGGGCCAUUUCCUUUGGUGUACGGCUCCAUGAUCCCAGUCAAUAUCUGAGCGACGCUGACAUCUCCUACUCCUGGGAUUUUGGAGACGAGAGCGGGACACUGAUUUCCCGGGCAACCCUGGUUACCCAUACAUACCUUGCCUCUGGCACCUUCAGCCCGCGUGUGGUGAUCCAGGCCGCCAUCCCUUUAGCAUCCUGUGGAAGCAGCACUUCAGAAGCACCAAUCGUCGUCCCCACAACGGAUCCACGGGUCAGCACGGUUCAGGUUACCAGUGCCCUCCCCAUGGUCAGCAGCAUGAGUGGGGCAAGCUCUGAGGGCAUCGAGACUGCUGCCCCAGCUUCUGGAACUCCAGCAGCUCCGACUGAACGGCCUGAACCAGAAGGCACGGAGCCAGCAUCCUUGGGCACUGUGGGGCCUGCAACAAUAGCCAGUGCUGUGCCCGAAGAGGCAGAUAUCACCGUUGCAUCCUUGGAGCCCUUGAUUGUUGUCUCGGCCACCUCAGCUGAAGAUGCGACAGCCACUCUAGAUCCUCUUUCUGGGUCCACUGAGGUGCCUGCAUCUCUGCCUGGCACUGGGGAACCUGCUCCUUCCUCCCUAGUGACUCCGGAGGAUGAUCCCGAUGCCACAGAAUCCACAGUUGUAUCUCCAGCUCUACCUACAACUGUGCCUCCGUCGGAUACUCUCUCUAGUGCAGCCAACACCCCGGUCUUUCCAGCAACCCAAGAUCCUACUGAAGACAACACAACCGUUGAUCUGACUGCAUCCGUGGUGCCCGACACUGGAACAGUUGCAACGAAUGUGGUCCAGGUGUUGGUAAAACGGCAGGCACCACCUGGCUGCCUCCUCUACCGUUACGGGACUUUUGCCACUAAUCUGGACAUCGUCCAGGGAAUCGAGAGCGUGGAGAUCGUGCAAGUGGUGUCCUUGGUGCCGAGCAUCUCUGAGAACACGGUGGAUCUUACGGUGACCUGCCAAGGAAGCCUCCCUGAAGAAGUGUGCACCACCAUCGCGGAUGCCGAGUGUCUGACGGCCAAGCAGACCGUGUGCAGCCCAAUCCAGCCCAGCCCUGACUGUGAACUGGUUUUACGCCAGGUCUUCAACCAGUCCGGCCUUUACUGUGUCAACGUCUCACUGGCAGAUGCCAAUAGUCUGGCAGUUGCCAGCGCCCAAGUCAACGUCCAGGCAGGAAGAUCUCCAGCCUCAGCCCAAAUUCCCCUCGUAGUCGGUGCGGUGCUUGUUGCUGCUGCCUUAGGUGCUGUUGCCUAUACUUACAGGCGAGUAAAAUACACCUCGCUCCGCACUGUGAUUUCUACCGGCGCUUGCUCCAGGAACUGGUUGCCCAACCGUACCACUGUGCGCCUCUUCCUACGCCAAGCUUUUGGGAAGGGGUCCAGUGGAGAAAGCAGCCCCCUGCUGAGUGGGAAUGUUAUCUAAAGAUGGAGACAAAUGCCAAGGGACCCACCUAAGCCUUGACGGCUACUGUCCGUGGAGCCUGCACUGGGAAAGUAGACAGUGUCUUCCCCUGUAUACUUUGACCCUAAACUGUCCUUCUCGGCAUUGUUAUUCUUUUUCUUUUUUAAUUGCCAGCUAAGUAAAUGCCCAGACUCCUU